AUUCUUCAGUAUUUCACUCCAGGUGACUCUUUAUCUGACCCUUUUAGAAGGAGUUGACCUCAUGCAACCCUUUAGAAGGGGUUGACUCUCAAUUGUCAACUCCAUGAGGUUCUGCUUCAGAUGGACAAGAAAGCCAUUGCUGAUAUCCUGCUCUAUAUCCCUAGUCAAGGGAGCCAAGACAAUGGUGGAAAACAUGGAAGCGUUGGAAAUAGUAAAGAAUGAAAAAUGCAGAGAAGAAGUCAAAAUAAAAAGCCAAGAUUUUUGUGAAAAAGAAAAACUCCUUAGUAAAGAGACCAAUGAGGAACUCUUGCCUCCACCAGUUCAAACUCAAAUUAAAGGCCAUGCCUCUGCUCCAUACUUCGGAAAGGAAGAACCCUCAGUGACUCCCAGCAGCACUGGUAAAACCUUUCAGCCAGGAUCCUGGAUGCCACAAGAUGGCAAGAGCCACAGUCAAUGAAUGCAUUAUGGUCAAAUCUUUUCAUGUAUAUGGAUGUGACUAUUUUAACAAAUAAAAGAAGUCAAAACUUAA